ACAUCAAUAGCGACAACGCUACGGAUAUCCAACGGCAUCACUACACUGUCUGAAAGAACUACCUAUACUACUGCUCCGGGAUCAACCGACACAAUGAAAUCCCUGACCUCUACAGCCCUGUCAUCAACACACACAGACAAUGGAAGUAUUGUUUUACCCUUAGCAGUGGUGUGUGGUAUCAUGGGUCUCGUCAUCGUGCCGCUGAUCAUAUAUAUCAUGGUAAACAAGCUAUCCAGGACCUCGCACGGUAAUUCAUCUAAUCCUGAAACGUCAGUUCGUUAUUGUGUGCAGAGCAUCCCUAAUAGAUCCCAGGGAGAAGAUGACCAUAUUCCCACCAGUGGCACCACCAACACAUAUUCUGGCCUCAGCCAUGAUGUUGAAAGAAAUAUCUACAAUGUAAUACAACGUAAUGCAAGUGAAGACGGUGACGAGCAUAGCUACGGUCACAUAAACAGAAGUGAAGGGCCUUCCUACGUCAACUCGGUCAGUGGAGAUGAUCCAUACAUUAACGCCUAGAGACAACACACAAGCUAGUGUUUCAGAUUGUUGCAGCAUAUAGUACCAUUAUUCGCAGGUAUAAGAUCAGUCAGUGCGUAUUUGCACUUAUCAAGUAUAUCAUGUAAAGUUGAUGUUGUAAAUUAUGUCUCUGUAUCAUGUUCAAUAUAUACUCAAAGCCAUUGAAAACGCACUUCAGUGUUCAGAAGGUGCGUAUUUUAUUACAGUGAAAGAAAACCAAAUGAAACCAACCAAAAUGACAAACACACCCAUCACAUGAAAUGUAAGCAAUAAAGUCCGUAAGAAACAUGCCCGUUGGAUGACGUCACAGAGGCUCAGAACGUAGCCGGGACCACCGGGGAUCAAUAACAGGUAUGUCCACCAUGUACACUGACGUAAUCCUGAAGUCGCCGAGGCAUGGACUGACAACGUUGUUGACCGCCCCUGAUGUUGUAGGGACUGUGUCAACUCUGCUACUGUCUGAGGCGGUUGGUGUCAAAGCUCGUCCCAUAAGUGUUCAAUUGGAUUCAUGUCAGGUGACAUGGCAGGAUGUUGUUCCUGUUCAGAAAGUCUCCCGUGAACCUCGUGGACGUGCAUUGUCAUGCUGGAAGACACGCUUGUGUAGGGCGCCAUGUUGAGCCAGUAAUGGCAAUAGUGCUAGGCGAAGGGUAUUUUUCACAUAAUCUGGAACAUUGAGGUUGCCUUGGAUAACCACCGACUGUGGGAACGACAAUUGAUGGUACUUCCCAUACCAUUGUACCGCCUCCUCCAAAGCGACACCUUUCCAAAACACAGCGGCGUUGACGGGUCCCAAAAGUACCAAAAGGUAAAAAAUGGUUGAAAGGAUGCAGCAGUCGAGUUAUCUUGCAUGGAUGGACGUUAACAUGUCUGGCGACAAUCACUUGAGUUGCCCCUUCUUGCAGCAUUCUGAUCGCUUGGUUCCUGCUGGCUUGGUCGAGUCUUGGCAUAUUGAACAAGUGACGGAUGACCAUUUUCGUGUGUGCUUUUAAAGAACCUGGGAUCUAGCUUUCCACGUGCAGCAUGUGUCCAGCAGCAGUGAUUGUGUUUCGGUGCAGUGUGCACAGUUGCGUUUCUCUUUCUGAUUCAUUGCUCCAAGGUGGUUCGAACCCGAACUGACACAAGGGGACACAUAUCUCUCACAGAAAUCUCAUGAUGUUUGAAAAGGUUUCAGGGAAUUGCUCUUUUCACAAGUACGCUCAUCAAAAGCUAUUGUGUUUUCAAUGGCUUUGUGGUAAAUCCCCAUUCCACCAGAUUUUUCAAAGUUUCGUUUAUCACCUGAUCAAUCAGCUUGCUUGAUAAUUAUAUUUAGUUUACCUGCUUUGUUUAUUAAUUAAUAUUAUGCUA